CACACCUAGAACCUGAAUAUCAUUUCCUAUCAAAACAGGGGUCUUAUUGGGGCAACUGGUACACAUAUGAUCACAUAUGAUUUGAACAUCGUUGCAAAGGUCUUAAGUCCAACGAGUGAGUUUCGCGGCCAAAGGCGAGGUGAGCAUGAAGGUGAGCACGAUUUCGCUGUGAUAAAUGAACUACACCCGGGCGAACAGCACCAUGGUUGGCUCGUUGUGCAACUCAGGCUCCAAAGAGGAAACGCUGGGUCAUGCCCGACCGGUUCUAUAAGAAGUCUUUCCAAUAUGAGGACUUUAGCAUCGAUGUGUUUGCCAUUGACUCCAACGGGAAGAAUUCACACUCCCUGUGCCAUGGACAAGCGAUGAUCACGCUUGAGAAGACAUGCAACACUGCGCAGUGCGAGCGCUUCCAUGCGGAACUCUGGCAGCGACAGCUGUCGUGGCUCCAAGAGGAGCUCCCAAAAAGUCAAGCUACCUGGAAGUGGGUUGUGGCGCAUCACCCUUGCGAGAUGUUGGGCACCCCGAUGCUGACGCUCAUGGCCUCCCAGGGCGUCUCGGUGAUUUUCGCGGGACAUGUCCACCAGCUGAGACUCGAUCGCGUGGGCAGCAUCUACUGCGUGGUGUCGGGAGCUGGCGGCGGCUACCAGUGGAAUGGUGGAGGUCACGUCUCCUACACCGUGCAGCAAGGCAGCAAACCAGAAUAUGGCUUUGUUCUGGUGGAGGUGAACAAGAGUAAGACCAUCCUCAGAUUCCAAAAUGAUGCUGGCCAGGUGCUCUGGGAGGACGUCGUGCUGGAUCAUCCAACGAAUGGCGAGAUCCCUCCCAUCCAGCCGGAGGAUGCCAAGGUGCUGGCUGAUCUCGAGGCUGAGGAAGAUCGGGAAAUGGAUACUGGUCUGCCGGGUUCCAGCACAACCAAUACCACUUCCACUGAGAGCGCUGAUGGAUCCAGCACAACCACCACUAUGAAGCCUGAUAGCACAACCAAUACCACUUCCACUGAGAGCGCUGAUGGAUCCAGCACAACCACCACUACGAAGCCUGAUAGCACAACCAAUACCACUUCCACUGAGAGCGCUGAUGGAUCCAGCACAACCACUACUACGAAGCCUGAUAGUGAAGCGGCGAAGCCGUCCGGUACCGAUGCGGUACGGACGUACUUGAAGGUGAUCUUCCUUGUCUUCGUUCUCGUCCUGGUCCUCGUUGUGGCUUUUGUGCGUCGGCGCCGUGCGCUGCGCGCCGCGCGCACUACGCGCCCUGCGGCAGCUCACCGGUCUUCUCGAGGGGAUGAUGAUGACAUGGGUCUUGAGCUGACUUGAGGAAAAGGAUGAGAGCGCACAGGGACUCCACAGCGACUCCACGAGGGACGA